CAAGGAGAUUGACCUUCGACUUAUCCACGUUGACGGGAUGCUCGGGAAUUUCCUCCAAUGUUUCUUUCCCAACGUUCUUGUUGCGCUGAAGAUGAAAGAGAGGAAGGAGGAGGAGGAAAAGAAAGAUGCGCAUGAUGCUCAAGGAGGGAUCCUCUCGGUACUCCACUCGUUGUCUCAUGCUCAGACGUCGCUCUCCUCCUCCUCCUCGCACGAUCGUCUCCAUGAGCACGAGCACCAGGUCAAGCGCAGCCACUCGAAGAACGCCCACCUGGACGAGCAUCACUUCCGACAAUCUCUGGAUGAUACAGUUGAGCAUGUACUUGAGAGCAUGAGCGAAGUUGCGCUCGAGAUUUCAAACUUCAAGGGGAGAUAGCUAGUGGCGAGCUGAUAGAGCUUGAGAUGGACAUCGGGAAAGUCGGAUGAAGAGAGGGAGAGAGCUAGGAGCAGGUGGGAAGGGAAGGGAAGGGACAAGACGGAGGAAGGAGGGACAGGAGCAGGGAGGGGGGGG